GCCGUCCCGAGCGCUGGCCCCGCCCCCGCGAGCAGUGGCGCGCUGGGCGCGAUGGCGGAGCCGGGGCUAGGCAUGGCCUCUAUGAUCCCGGCGCUGCGCGACCUGGGCAGCGCCGGGCCCGAGGACUACCCCAGCGUGGUGCAGAAACCCAGGCAGAUCCUCGGCCAGUUCGUUGACAGGAUCCUCACGGAUGUGGACCUGGUUGCUUUGGAACUUGCUAAGAAAAAUGAUUCUCUGCCAAGUUCUGUGAUGCUGCUUGAUUUUAUUCAACACAUCAUGAAAUCUUCUCCGCUUAUGUUCGUAAGUGUAAGUGAAAAUCUCCCAGAGGCUGAGUGCAGUUGCAUAGAAUUUAGUAAUUGGAUCAUAACAAGGCUUUUACGAAUUGCUUCAACUCCAAACUGCCACACGUUACACAAGAAUAUCUGUGAUGUCAUCUGUUCUUUGCUCUUUCUUUUUAAAUCAAAGAGCUGUACCAUUUUUGAGGUGCUAACAGGAGAUUUACUACAACUUUUCCAAGAUCUAAUUUUCUUGCAUGAAAGAAAGACACAGAGGCAACUCCACGGGGGGUUGUUAGUCUGGCCAGUAACAAUAAAUAGAUUUUCAAGUAACAAAAAUGAUAAUUUAGAAUAUUUAAGCUCAGCCCCAUUGCAAUUGAUGGGCAUGCCCAAUGUUGAAUGCUUGGAAUUCACAUUAAUGACCAUUCUAACUGACAUUGUUCCUGAUUUGUUUUGUGCAAGACAGGACCUUAUUCUGUGGAGAAUAGGCUGUUCUCUACUGGAGUAUGGUAGUCCAAGAAUUAAAUCCCUAUCCCUGAUCUUUUUAGUAAAAUUAAUACAACUAGGAGGACCUCCAGAACAGCUUGCCAGUGCCUUCUUUAUGGCCUUCUUUGGAUUGUUGCAGUCAAUACUUGAAACAGAUGUUGAAAAUUUAGAACUCUUUGAAGAACCUUUGCUGCUCUUGGUGAGGACAUUGUUCCUCUUGGAAGCAGAUUCCUAUAGAAGAAUUGAACCCAUCUACCUAUAUAUACUCCUAGAGAAGCUUUGUGCAUUGUUUGAAGCAAAUGUGCUCAGAUACAUCCAGUCUGAAAAGCUGAAAGAUGCUUUGUGUCAUAUACUGCAAUAUUUUCUGAAGUUUGUGCCAGCUGGAUAUGAAUCUGCUUUACAAGAUAGAAAGGCCCAUAUUGGCACCAUAUGCACAAUUUUUGUUGAUGUACUUGGAAGUCAGGUAGAUCAAGAGUAUGUAGUGAGUCCACUCUAUGUAGCAUUAAAAACAGAAGGUCUGGAGAUCAUUCAGGAGUUUCAGCACUGGAACCAGCUUGAUGCUUCUGAUACAGAUGGAUGGAGCAGCAGUAGUGAUGAAGUUCCAGAAAAAAGAAAACGACUAAGUCUGUCAAUAAAGAAUCAAAAGAAAUCACCUGUACCACCAGUGCUAAAUUCUGUGAACAUGAAUGUGAAGAGCACGCUAUGGAAUGCAGUAAAUAAGAAAGCUGAAUCUUUAAUAUUUCUCCUUGAACAAGACACUCUACCAGCAGAUGUUCUGCAGACUGUAGAAGGGAUUACUGUAAUACUACGAUUGGCUGCCCUGUGUACAGUUCAUUGUUCUCCCCCAAAUUCUAACAGUGUGGAUCAUAAAAUAACUCGUAGCUUGAGUAAUCAUAAACGUAAUGCUACCCGGUCUUCAGAUUCUGUGGUGAAUGUACAACUGACCUGGAUUUCCUCUGCUUUUAUCAUGAGAAUAGUGAAACUCUGCAGAAAACUGUUAGAAGCUGCUGCUCAGAUUGAUAACUUGGAACCUGUCAUUGACAGAAUAGUGAAAAUUGUUGAUGCUUUGUUUUAUAUGCAAGUAAAAAGCCAGCUCGAUGAUCAGAUUCUGGAAAAUUUAUGUGAGAUAUUAUCACUGCCAUGGAUUUAUAGCCAUCUUGAUGACUCUUCUUUCAGUUCUGAUCUUCUAGUUCUGAGCCAAAGGAUUGCACAUGGUUUCGCACCUCAAAUUCAGUCCCACUGCAUAUUCCUUCUGUCUCUGUUCCCAAGAAAUAUUCAUCUGGAUUGGAGAAAAUCUGUUUACCAUUGGGCGCUACAGAGUUCCCAUGAGGUUGUUCGUGGUAGUUGUAUUAAAGGAUUCCCUGUCCUGCUGCACCAUGUAGGUGUGAAGUCCUACAGUACGGUUCCCAAUACUCUCUUAAACCAAGUAAAAGAUGAAUCUGAGUUAGUCAAGAAAGCUUGUGCGAGCAUCACUGGGAAAUUAGCUUGCUGUCUUUCCGGCACAUUUAAAUUAAUACCUUAUUUAACAGAACCUGAUACUGAGCAUGUCAAAUAUGAUAUUUUAUGUAGCAGCCUUACUGUGAGCUCCACUCAUGAAGAUGCACGUUCAGUGAAAACCUUUGUCUUCAAGCCAUUUCUUAAUCUUCUUGAAAGCAGAGUACCCAGUUCAGUUAAACUAGCAUUUAUAGAAAAUAUACCUCAUCUUUGCAAACAUCUGGAUUUUAAAGAUGAAGAAUCAGAUGUCAAGAUUUUUGUUUUGUGUCUAUUGAAUUUAAUGGAAGAUCCAGACAAAGAUGUAAGAGUGGCUUUCAGUGACCAUAUCCGGAACAUAUUAGAAUCCUUGGAUUCUGAGGAAGGUUUCAUAAAAGAGCUUUUUGUUUCAAGAAUAAAAGAAGCCUAUACAAAUGCUAAAAUAUCAAGAAAUAAUGAGUUGAAGGAUACACUGAUUCUCACAACAGGAGAUAUUGGAAGGGCAGCAAAAGGGGAUUUGGUGCCAUUUGCACUUUUGCACUUGUUGCAUUGCUUGCUGUCCAAAUCUGCAUCUGUGGCUGGAGCAGCAUAUGCAGAAAUUAGGGCACUAGCAGCAGCCAAGUCUAUAAAGCUGCAAGCUUUCUUCAGUCAAUACAAGAAGCCUAUUUGUCAGUUUCUAGUGGAAUCCUUGCACUCCAGCCAAGUGAUAGCAAUUUCUAAUACUCCAUGCCAAAGUAGUGAGCUACAAAAACAAGAGACUAUUCAUCACAGAGAAGUUGCCUUGAACACGCUAUCUGAAAUUGCCAAUGUAUUUGAUUUUCCAGACCUCAAUCGCUUUUUGUCUCGGACCCUGCAAGUUCUACUUCCUGACCUUGCAGCCAAAGCAAGUCCUGCAGCUUCUGAGCUUAUUCGGACCAUAGCAAGACAGCUGAAUGUAAACCGCAGAGAAAUCUUAAUCAACAACUUUAAGUACAUCUUCUCUCACUUGGUCUGUUCUUGUACGAAGGAUGAGCUGGAGAGAGCACUUCACUACCUCAGGAAUGAAACCGAGAUAGAACUGGGUAGUCUGCUGAGACAGGACUACCAGGGAUUGCAUAAUGAACUAUUGCUACGUAUGGGAGAGCACUAUCAGCAAGUGUUCAAUGGUUUGUCAAUAUUGGCUUCGUUUGCAUCUCAUGAUGAUCCAUAUCAAGGACCCAGAGACAUAACAUCACCUGAAUUAAUGGCUGAUUAUCUACAACCUAAAUUGCUGGGCAUACUGGCCUUCUUUAACAUGCAGUUGUUGAGCUCCAGUGUUGGCAUUGAAGAUAAGAAAAUGGCUUUAAACAGUCUGAUGUCUUUAAUGAAGCUUAUGGGUCCCAAACAUAUCAGUGCAGUGAGAGUGAAGAUGAUGACUACAUUGAGAACAGGCUUACGAUACAAGGAUGACUUUCCAGAGUUAUGCUGCAGAGCGUGGAACUGUUUUGUUCGAUGCCUGGACCAUGCUUACCUUGGUUCCCUGCUCAGCCAUGUGAUAGUAGCUUUGCUGCCACUUAUACAUAUUCAGCCGAAGGAAACUGCAGCUGUAUUUUAUUUUCUCAUAGUUGAAAACAGAGAUGCAGUACAAGAUUUUCUACAUGAAAUUUAUUUUCUGCCUGACCAUCCUGAACUGAAAGAAAUUCAAAAAGUCCUUCAGGAGUAUAGAAAGGAGUCCUCCAAAAGCACAGACCUACAAACAAUGCUGCAGCUAUCCAUGAGAGCUAUUCAGCAUGGGAAUGUAGAUGUUCGUAUCCAUGCACUUACCAGUUUGAAGGAAACCUUAUACAGAAAUCAGGAAAAGUUGACUAAAUAUGUAACAGAUAGUGAAACUGUGGAGCCAAUCAUCUCCCAGUUGGUAACUGUGCUUUUAAUUGGCUGUCAAGAUGCAAACCCUCAAGCCCGACUGCUUUGUGGAGAAUGUUUAGGUGAGCUGGGAGCUGUGGAUCCAGGUAGACUGGACUUUUCAACAAGUGAAACGCAAGGAAAAAACUUUACAUUUGUGACUGGAGUGGAGGAUCCAAAUUUUGCUUUUGGAUUAUUAAUGGAACUAACCAGAGCAUUCCUCGCUUAUGCUGAUAAUGUCCGUGCUCAAGAUUCUGCAGCGUAUGCCAUUCAGGAAUUGUUAUCCAUCUAUGAGUGUAGAGAAACAAAAAUUGAUUGCUCAGGUUCCAGGCUUUGGAGGAGAUUUCCUGAGAACGUUCAGGAAAUAUUGGAACCUCACCUAAACACACGAUACAAGAGUUAUCAGAAAGCAGUAAACUGGUCUAAGAUGAAGAAACCAAUUUACUUAAGUAAAUUAGGUAACAACUUUGCAGAAUGGUCGGCAACUUGGGCAGGUUAUCUUAUAACAAAGGUACAACACGAGCUUGCCAGCAAAGUCUUCAACUGCUGCAGUAUCAUGAUGAAAAAUGACUUCAAAGUGACAAUCUGUCUUCUUCCACACAUUCUUGUUUAUGUUUUACUGGGAUGCAGUCAGGAGGAUCAGCAAGAGGUUUAUGCAGAGAUCAUGGCUGUUCUCAAACAUGAUGACCUCUGUAACAGAAGACUCCAGGAUAGUGCCUUGGAUCUGAGUCAACUGAGCACCCAAACAGUGUUCUCCAUGCUUGAUCACCUGACACAAUGGGCUAGACAUAAGUUCCAAAUGCUUAUUGCUGAGAAAACUACUAGCAAGUCAAGCAGAGAUAAGGGAGAUGUGAAAUCGUCAAGUGAGAACUAUGGAGAAUAUCAAAAUGUGACUCGUUUUCUAGACCUCAUACCUCAGGAUACAUUGGCUGUAGCUUCCUUUCGUUCUAAGGCAUACACAAGAGCUGUGAUGCACUUUGAAUCUUUCAUCACAGAAAAGAAACAAAAUAUCCAGGAGCAUCUUGGGUUUCUACAGAAACUAUAUGCUGCUAUGCAUGAACCAGAUGGAGUGGCUGGGGUGAGUGCAAUUCGAAAGGCAGAGCCAUCUCUGAAAGAACAGAUCCUUGAACAUGAAAGCAUUGGUUUGCUGAGGGAUGCUACAGCCUGUUAUGACAGAGCUAUUCAACUGGAACCUGAUGAGAUAAUUCAUUAUCAUGGUGUUGUGAAGUCCAUGUUAGGUCUUGGACAAUUAUCUACUGUAAUCACUCAAGUGAACGGAGUGCUUGCCAACAGGUCUGAAUGGACUUCUGAAUUGAACACAUAUAGAGUGGAAGCAGCCUGGAAACUAUCUCAGUGGGAUUUACUGGAAAAUUACUUGGCUUCAGAUGUAAAGUCUACUACCUGGAGUGUCAGACUAGGACAGUUGUUGUUAUCAGCAAAAAAGAAAAAUGCAACUGCUUUUUGCGAGACACUAAAAGUUGUUCGAGCAGAGCAGAUUGUCCCCCUCUCAGCAGCAAGCUUUGAAAGAGGGUCCUAUCAACGAGGAUAUGAACAUAUUAUCAGGUUACAUAUGCUGUGUGAACUGGAGCACUGUAUUGGGCCAUUAUUUCAGCAGUCAGAUGGUGACCAUGGUAAAGAUUCUCUGAACUGGUGUGCUCGUAUAGAAAUGACGCAGAACUCCUUCAGAGCAAAAGAGCCCAUCUUAGCACUUAGAAGGGCUUUGCUUAGCCUCAUUAAAAGGCAAGAUUACAGUGAAUUGGUUGGAGAAUGCUGGCUCCAGAGUGCUAGGGUUGCAAGAAAAGCUGGUCAUCACCAAACUGCAUACAAUGCUCUUCUGAAUGCUGGGGAGUCCACACUGUCAGAACUGUAUAUAGAAAGAGCAAAGUGGCUGUGGUCCAAGGGUGAGGUUCACCAGGCACUCAUUGUUCUUCAGAAGGGUGUUGAAUUAUGUUUUCCUGAGAAUAAAACACCAUCUGAUACCAAAAGUCAGCUGAUCCAUGGCCGGGCAAUGCUGUUGGUUGGCAGAUUCAUGGAAGAAACAGCCAACUUUGAAAGCAAUGCUGUUAUGAAAAAGUAUAAGGAUGUUACAGUUUUUUUGCCUGAGUGGGAGGAUGGACACUUCUAUCUUGCUAAGUACUAUGAUAAACUGAUGCCUAUGGUAACUGACAACAAGAUGGAAAAGCAAGGAGAUCUGAUUAGAUAUAUAGUCCAUCACUUUGGAAGAUCUCUACAGUAUGGAAACCAGUUCAUCUAUCAAUCAAUGCCAAGAAUGUUAUCUUUGUGGCUUGACUUUGGAGCAAAAGGUUAUGAAUGUGAAAAAGCUGGUCGUUCUGAACGUGUACAGAUGAGAAAUGAUUUAGCUAAAAUAAAUAAAGUGAUUACAGAACAUACAAACUAUUUGGCUCCUUAUCAGUUCUUAACAGCUUUCUCCCAAUUAAUCUCUCGAAUCUGCCACUCUCACGAUGAAGUCUUUGUUGUUCUGAUGGCGAUUGUUGCCAAAGUAUUUCUAGCCUACCCACAGCAAGCCAUGUGGAUGAUAACUGCUGUUUCCAAGUCCUCUUACCCAAUGCGUGUGAACAGAUGCAAAGAAAUCCUAAACAAAGCUAUUCAUAUGAAGGCAUCUUUAGGAAAGUUUAUUGGAGAUGCAACACGCCUUACAGAUAAACUCCUAGAGCUAUGCAACAAACCGGUUGAUGGAAACAGCUCAGCAUUAAGCAUGAGUAUUCAUUUCAAAUCAUUAAAAAAGCUGGUGGAGGAGCAGACAUUUAGUGAGAUCCUCAUUCCCUUGCAAUCUGUUAUGAUACCCACUCUUCCAUCGAUGGUUGGUACACAUUCUAACCACGACCCCUUUCCUGGACGUUGGGCCUACAUUGCAGGCUUUGAUGAUACGGUGGAAAUCCUUGCAUCACUUCAAAAGCCAAAAAAAAUUUCUUUAAAGGGUUCAGAUGGAAAAUCCUAUAUUAUGAUGUGUAAGCCAAAAGAUGACCUAAGAAAAGACUGCCGACUCAUGGAAUUUAACUCCCUGAUUAAUAAGUUCUUGAGAAAGGAUGCGGAGUCACGUAGGAGGGAACUUCAUAUUCGAACCUAUGCAGUUAUUCCAUUAAAUGAUGAAUGUGGGAUAAUUGAAUGGGUAAACAACACAGCUGGUUUAAGAAGUAUCCUGAUCAAACUGUACAAGGAAAAGGGAAUCUACAUGACUGGGAAGGAACUACGUCAGCACAUGCUUCCUAAGUCAGCACCUUUAUCAGAAAAACUGAAAAUGUUCAAGGAAAUUCUUCUGCCCCGUCAUCCUCCUGUUUUUCAUGAAUGGUUUCUGAGAACGUUCCCUGAUCCCACCUCAUGGUACAAUAGCAGAUCAGCCUAUUGUCGUUCCACUGCAGUGAUGUCAAUGGUUGGUUACAUACUUGGUCUUGGAGAUCGUCAUGGUGAAAAUAUUCUGUUUGAUUCUUUGACUGGUGAAUGUGUGCAUGUGGAUUUCAACUGUCUGUUCAAUAAGGGGGAAACAUUUGAAGUUCCAGAAAUUGUACCUUUUCGUCUUACUCAUAAUAUGGUCAAUGGAAUGGGCCCAAUGGGAACAGAAGGUCUCUUCCGAAGAGCUUGUGAAGUUACUAUGCGGCUGAUGCGUGAUCAGAGAGAACCCCUGAUGAGCGUCUUGAAGACUUUUCUCCAUGAUCCUCUUGUGGAAUGGAGUAAACCAGUGAAAGGUAAUACAAAAACACAGGUGAAUGAAACUGGGGAAGUUGUCAAUGAAAAGGCUAAGACCCAUGUCCUUGAUAUAGAACAGCGGCUGCAAGGUGUGAUUAAGACUCGAAACAGGAUAAAAGGAUUGCCCUUGUCUAUUGAAGGACACGUCCACUAUCUCAUACAAGAAGCAAGUGAUGAGAAUCUGCUCUGCCAGAUGUACAUGGGCUGGGCUCCAUACAUGUGAAAUAUUGCUGUUCACAGCUGAUACUGAUUUUUUUAAACAAACUGUUGAAUUUGUUUAUUCACGCUAUUUUUUUACCUUUGUUGAAUACUGACUUGGAACAUAGGUUUAUGCUAAAACUUAAUGUGAAGUCUAAGGAAUUAUAUAUAUAUAUAUAUAUGUUUGUUGUAGUUUGUGAGUUGUGUAUUCUGUAUACAUAGAAAUGCAUCUAUUGCACGGUAUACGUUUGAACAUGUAUACAAAUUUGUAUUACAUAGGGACAUACAUUUUGUUUUAUGUAUACAGAGUACAACACUCUUUUACUAUUAAAUAGAAAGUACAAUUGUCCUUGUGAUGUAUGUGCCUUUUGUAUAUACUCAGAAUGUGCAAAGAUACAACCUAUUAUG